UCGGUUCCGCCUCCAUCGCGGGCGGGAGGAGCCCGGUCCGGGCUCUGCGGAGCGGGGCAGCCGCCGGGCGGUGCCGGGGGAUUCUUCCUGGGAGGCCAUGGAGCUUUCAGCCAGUGAGCUCAGCAUUUAUGACAAGCUCUCAGAGACCAUUGAUCUGGUGAGGCAGACUGGCCACCAGUGUGGGAUGUCAGAAAAAGCCAUUGAGAAGUUCAUCAGGCAGCUCUUGGAAAGGAAUGAACCCCAAAGGGGGCCUCCACGGUACCCAGUCUUGGUGGCUCUCUACAAGGGCCUGCUCACCCUGGGCUUGGUUUUGCUGACAGUUUACUUCAUGAUCCAGCCCUACAGCCCACUGCCACCUGAAGCUCCACUCUCCAGAGCCCACGCCUGGGGCUCCCUCAUCGGUCACAUCCGGCUGCUCUCUCUGCCCAUUGCCAAGAAGUACAUGCUGGAGAAAUGCCAGGACUGGUGGGCAGCAGGUUGCAGACAGAACACUUCUACACUUCCUGCAAACUGCACAGUCUGUUCUGCUGUGAAAAGCCUUCAGAUGGUGACAGACUUUGGAGAACUAUCAGAAAAGCUCCAGAGGUCUCAGCCUUUCCUGAUCAAGACAGGGCAGCAUCUUUCCUAUGAAGAACUGAAGCAUUUUCAGUCCCAGGACCCAGACCUAGCAGAGGUUAUAAUAGAAGAAAAUUCAGCUGAAUUGUGGAGCUGCCCAUUUUUCUUUCCCUGGAACAAAUCUGUGAAUAAAACUCGGAUUCUGCAGGAAUUUUUCCCCACUUCAUCUUUGCUCUCCUUCCCCAAGACAGUUUCCCUGGAGAGCUGCUUCCUCAUCCGACACCCAGAUUUGGGGAAUAAGAGCUACAGUUUGCACAGCCUCUUUGCUGUUGGAAGUGGACAGCUCACCCUGACUGUUGUACCUCUGGAGAAGUGCAGAGGACACUGUGAGAUGUUCAAGGUGGAGCUGGAAGCUGGAGAUUUGGGUUUUGCCAGCCCAGAUUACUGGAGGAUGAGCUUCAUGGCCAAAGGGACAGAGCCAGCAGUGGUUUGUGAUGGAGCUGCUGAGUAAGGACAGUGGGGUGGGAAAUGACCAAGACAAAGCAACAUCUUCUUCAUGGGGCACCUGGGGCAGGCAGCUUUGCCACCCUGCAUGUUUACAGUGUUUUAAAAUGACUGUUUUUUCCUGACCCUCGAGGUAAUUCUUUGCCUUUCCUCAAAUGUAUUCUGGGAGAAGCUCAAGCUGUUUGUGACCUUCCUUAUCCCCUCAGGUAAGCCCUAGGUUUGCAGCAAGGCUUUUCAGAGGGAUUUCUCUGGAUGAAAUUCACCUUGUGUCCUUUGUGGAUUAUGGCACUUCUGAAACUACCUGGGGAGUUUGGGAGUGGAGGGGGUGUGUGACAUUUCUGUGUACAUUCCUCCUGAGGAGGAAGCUUUGGGCCUGUCUUGUCAGGCCAGCUUUGUAAAGGGAACAAAUUGGUGAUGUGUCCAAACUCCACCCCACCUCUCCACCACAUCCAUAGCUGUGUGCCUCAGCUGUGUGCCUCACAAAACCAACCUUGUCUUUGUGCUCCAUGGAAAGGUGCAGAACCUCACCCACUGCAUCAUUCCUGUACCAAAAGGAUCAGUUCAGGCCUCUUCUUUGUGUCUUGUAAUCCCUCUUCUGCAGUUCUCCACCUGAAGGAUGUGAGUGAGUCAAACAGUAUCUGUGCUUUUUUUGCCUCACUUCCUUUCCUACAAAAAUCCAAGUUUCAGUGGUGGUGCAGUUCUGGAUGGAGAUGUGAGAGUGCAGCAGUUCUGGAUGGAGAUGGGUCUUGAUGCAGAGGAACUUUGUACAACUUUUCACCUUCUCAUGGUGCACCCUAAAGACCAGGGCUGCACAAACAUCAUCAACUCCAUGCUCUGAGAGGUGCUGCCCCCUUUCCUGGUCCUGGGGACCUCAGGGAGCACCUGGGAAGCUUCUUCACCCCUGGCAUUUUAUUUUUUAUUUUAAUUUAUUUUAUUUUAAUUUUUUUUUUUUGCAUCAACUCUUUCCAGACCCAAAACUCUCUUCAGAAGGAACAUUGGUUUUUCCUGAGUCCUUUCCAAGUUGCCUUCCCAUGCUUCCUGUUGCUUGAGCUCUGCUUUCUCCAGUGCCCUGAGAGAGGCUCAGUUUCAGGGCUCGCAGGCUGCGGAUGCUGCCGUCCCUUCCAAGUCUGAUCCUUUGGGUCUGGUCCUGCUGUUGAAGAUGGUUUACAGAUGUCUCAGGCUGAACUCAUAGGCCAGGGCUGGGGUUCAGGACAUACUCUCACACUUGUUAAUAUGGAAUUGGGAGGGGUUUUGGUUACAAGCAAGUUAACUCUGUUCUCAGGAGCGAGAAGCUUUUCCUCCGUAAAUACUUUCGGUACACGUAAAAAAUGACAGCUUGGAAAAAUGUCUGUCCAGCCUUUGCUUCUGAGCAAGACCAGGAGAAUGAGAGCAAAACAUCAUCCUAAUCUUGUUAAGAUCUGACAAAAGCUGCCAAGUGGGAUGACCACGUCUGGCUCCUGUCCAAGGAUAAAGCAGAGGGACAGUUCCUGCUCCAAAGAAUUCAGUCUGAGGCCUUGACAUUACAAACAUUUCUAUGCAUAAUCUUUGUUUUUCUCCUGCAACCCCAGCACCCAUGUGAGUCUGUGUGCCUGGCCCUCAACACCUGACCAACACACACCAGCUCUUGGAGAACCAACAGGGGAGAGCAUGACUCUGUCAGGACAGAAAAGGACUAAUUUAAUUUGUAGCAAAAUAUUAAAGGGAAUUGGAUUAAUAAGGCUUCUGCUAGUAUGGUGAAUGCUUGGGGUGUGUUUUACACUCUGACACUACAUUCAGUCUUGUACAUGCCAAGAGUCACACACCACCCCUCUUCCUCUUCUUAAAGCCUGGGUCUUAGUUAAUGGAAAUUUGGGAGUUUGGUGAUGGCAGAAUUAGUGCCUCGUUGGUGACUGUUGCUGUUUACACUUGGGCAGCUGCUGAGGUCAGUUCAAAGGCUGACAAGGUUGCUGGGUUUGUACCUGAUCCCUUUCUGUGAAGGGUUUGGUGAGAGGUGCACAGGGAGGGAAGCUGCUGGACCCAUUCUCCCUGAGCCUGUGGGUGCACAGCCUGGUGAUGCUGCUGCUUCUAAGUGCCCUUGAAUGUAACUUGUAAAGAAAUUGGAGACAAUUCUCAAGUGUCUGUCUGAAAUACCUGUGUUCCCUGAGCCACUGUGGCUCACUGACUCCUUUGGGAAGAAGCUGAGAAAAUGGAUCUAUUUACCUGGUUAGAUCUGGGGGGAGGGGGGGAAGAACAGGGGCUCUAGAGUAGGUUUGUGCUUCUUUAGCAAAAGUUCUCAUGUAUUGCUUCUCUCCUCCACAAAGAGUUGCAGCUGGUUGGACAGAAGAUGGUGAAUCUGGACUGUUUGCAGAGCAGCUUUCCAAGUGCACUUUAUGGUCUCUGCAUAAGUUUCCAGCACCGUGUCCAGGCAAUACCUUGCAUAUGUCCCAGCCUUGCUCCCUUUGGAGUUUACAUCAUUUGUUUUUAUACUUCUAGUAUAUUUUCUCUUCCUCUUCCCAAAAGCUGUAAGGAAUUAGCUGCUAAACUAAAACAGGAGGGCAAUUCUCCUGCUGAUAAAGAGCCAAUUUUGGCCCAGGCUGCUGAUGAGGGCUGAGCCCCAGUCUGUAGCACGGCUUCUGGAGCAGCUUCUGUCUUCUGCUGCCAGAGAAGUAGUGCUGACACCUUCUGCAUCACACCCUGGGUGAGGAACUGGGAUGGAAAACUCAGAGGUGAGGCCAAAGUGACAAAAUUAGGAUGGCCAAAGGGAGGUGGUGACACCUCAGCCAAAUAGCUGCACGUGAGCCCUGGGUUGUGUUCCUCAUCCAGGGCUCACGGAGCCCUUGGAACAAGUACAGGAGGAUGGGGCUUCCCUAGAGAGCCUGGUGGCUCCUGGUGAUCUGCUGAGGCUGAACUGGGGGGAAAUGUGGCUAUAUCCUGGUGAUGGAUGUGAUGGGAUGAGUGGCAGAGGAUGUGUCCCACCAUGAUCUCCUUCACCUCCAGGUUCACUUCAGCACUUGUGUAUCCCUAAGCCAAGAUGAUGCUUUGGACAAUCCCCCACUCACCAUCCAUGUACACAUCCCAGCUUUUGAAAAUCUCUUUGUGUGCUUCAGAACCUUUUGUCUGUCAGCUGAGGGAUGGACUCCUGCUCACCCACCAGCCCAGAAGCUGCAAAGCUGCUCUGAAACCACAGCAGUGAGGUGCAGAAAUGGGUGCUACCCCAGAGCCCAGGGGACAGAGAGGCACAGGAGGUCAUUUCUUUCCUUGUCAGGCUGGAAAAAUGGGCUGCCAGGCUCAGCUGGGCAGGAGGAUCCUGGUUUAAAGCUGGUUUCCAAAAGCAGAGCUCAUUAACCAUUGCUCCCAAUCAGUCCUGAACUCAGGGUAACUGAAAGGAGGAGAAAGAAGUAUUAUUAUUUACUUCAGUACCAGGAAAUUAGCAUUCCCUACAGGAGCCAAGCUGCCAGUUUCUGUGGUAUGGUUUUUGUUGUUUUGUUUUUAAUUUUUAGCAUUUUUUUUCCUUCCAUUCUUUUUGCUGUUUUGUUUUUUUUUCCCCACUGGCAUCACAUUCAUGAAUUCCCCCAAGGAGACUCUCCAGAUCCCAGCCUCGAGCUCCUUUGGAAACACCCUUGGAGAGCUUUCUAGGGUUGAAUUUCCUGGGAUCCUGGAACCUUUCUUUAGCUUCUCCUGCUGAGUUCUCCUGCUGGAAUGCUCUGGCUGGGCUGGAUCAAAGCACCUCCCUUCCCUCCUGGCUCCCAGCAUGGGAACACCCCGAGCAGGAGGAGGUGAUGAGCAGGAGAAUAUCUCCUCAUUGGAGAGAUGUGCUCCAAAAAUUCCAACACCUCAAAGAUGAUCCUCUUGCCUUUAAACCCUCCUGUGUUCCCAACUGCUCUGAGGAGUGAAUUUCCAGGAUUUGCCCAAUCCCAGGCUCAUGGAUUCAGCCCCAAGGGACUCUGAGGCCAUUUCAGUGGGGGGUGCACAAAGAGUUUUUGCUGCCUGCAAACCAAACUUCCUCCUCUUUGUAAAUUUGCUAUGUGGAACUCUGUAUAUUCCCCUCUUCAGGAAACUCCUCCUUGUAAAGGACAGAUUUACUGUCCUGCUGAGUUAAACCAAGGGAGAUGCUGGGACUUCCCUCUUUGCUUUGGAGACUCAAACAAAGUGACAGGUGAUUUAUUUUGAACAUUUUCUCUGGGGGGGGAAGGGAGGCAUCUCCUAAAGGCUCAGGGGUGCUGGGAAGUCAGGCUAUAUAUGCAUAUAUAUUCUGCUCUAUAUGCAUAAAGACUGUUUCAGUGCUGAACACUAUAAAUCCAGUGGUGGAUGAAAAAAAGAAAAGAAUGUAAAUAUGCACUUAAUGCAGAAUUUUAUGGACAGUCAUAAUUUAAUAUAUUGCAAACUUUGUAAAUACUUGGGGAAAGCCUGUAAAGUGUGUAAAUAAAUGAGAUUUGUAUGUAAGAAGAGAAAACCAAAAGUUUUUACUUUUUGCAAUUAAAUACAAGUGUUAAUGCA